AUGUCUGGUCGUUUUCGUGGUUCUGGUAAUGGCGAGGACCACCAAAAUCGAUUUACCAGUCACCGUGGGUCCAGCUCCCAUUCAAUCGGGACGUUGACGCCGGAAGGCGAAAAGGAAUCGGGUCGAUCGUUGUCCGCAAACUACUCCCUCCGUCCGCUACCACCGCCCCCACCACCCAGGUAUCAUUUCGGUUGUCUGCUUCGCAAUGGCCUUCCCCCCAUGCCACCUGGACUGAUGGCGAAAUGCAAUACAAGUGGAUCGAGAGGGACUCAAUUUGGCAUCGUAAAUUUGACUUCAUCCGCUGGAGACGUAAAAGUCAUCCUAUGUGUUAAAAUGCCCCUUACGUUGUCUAAUGAUGUGGGCAAACCUGAAGGAGCCUCCAGCUUAAACUCUAUCACUACGAUGGGUGCCAGCUCGAACCCUUGUGUCUCCAUCGCCCCGCGACGGAAACAGGUCACACUGAUCCACCCAUCACCAAGUCGUCGGCGCUUUAGUUUAACAGCCCCCAAAAUGUUCACUUUCGAUGCAGUGUUCACGCAAGACGAUCCACUGGCCGAGGUGUGUUCCGCCGCUCUAACAGAUGCGGUCUACUCUGUCGUGCAUGGGACUGAUAGCUGUGUGCUCUCCUUCGGCCAUGCAAAAACAGGGAAAACGAGGACGAUGUUGGGCUCGGAUGCGUCAGUAGUCACCGCAGGCGUAAUUCCUUGUGCCAUCGCCUGGCUUUUUCGUCUCGUGGAAGAACAGAAGGCGAAAUCUAAAACACGCUUCUCUAUCCGAGUGUCCGCUGUUGAGGUCUUUGGUCAGGACGAGGCCUUCAAAGACCUUCUUCAGGAGUCGGCUGCCUAUGGUGACGAAGACCACUUACCAGUUCCCGCCCCAAGCAGCUGCCUUCGUGACUUCAGCCCCACUCGCCAUGCCAAGCCCUUGGCUUCACCCAGCAAUGACAACUCACCGGCGGCCCGACUGAGUCUGGCCAUGGACAAAUUAACCGAAAUUCGUUCCCCUACAGCAGACCAUGCCGCCCACUUGCUGGACGUUGCCUUGGCCAAUCGUGCCCAAAAUGUGUCUAUCUCCCAUACCCUCUUUACUCUACAUGUUUACCAAUACAAGGUCGAGAAAAAUGGAGCGGAAACCGAGGUUUCUGGAGGCAGAAGUCGCUUACAGCUACUUCACUUGGGAUGCGGCCGCUACAGCUCUAAAGAACCAGGACAAAACUAUGACCAAGCAUCUACUCCGACAACUAUGAAGAGUCUGUCCCUGUCAAACAUGGCGAAUGUGCUGCUUGGAUUGCUUACUGGACAACGCCACCUCCCACAUAGGGAGUCAGCUGUCACUCAACUGCUACGAGAGGGGAUGACGGGUAAUCACGCUCAGCCCUGCAUCAUUGCGCACGCCUCGGGCCAGCAGCAACACUACUCUGAGACCCUACAGAUUGUGCAACUGGCCUCCCGCCUUCAUCGUCUUCGUAGACGUCGAGUUGGCAGUAGCGGUGGCAGUAAUGUGGGAGGCAGUAGCUCCACAACCGUGGUCGGCAGUACGACCUCCGAUUCCUCCGCCUCAGGCAGGAGCAUUCGAUCUCGUAUGUCGAUGCGUCCUCGUCUUGGUCGUUCCUCAUUCGGCACCUCCACAACCGACUACACCUCGAGUAGCGAGCAGUCCUGCGCAGGCGAUACCGUCAUUUACCUCGGCGUCGGUGGGGCCAGUGAGACCGAGAGUCCCCUGGAACCCAGAGGACUUGCCGACGGUGGCGUGGUCCAUUCUGCGGACGAGUGGAAAAUGUAUGCCAGUUCUGGAGAGGAGGGGACAUUCGAACGGUCAGCGGUUUCAGGAAAGACUCGGAUUGGCCGAUCUCUGUCCCAGUCGGAUGGAGGCGGCACUCUUCGACCGGGGUUCCUGAUUAAGCGAGUGACCCCGCGCACCAACGCCACAGCUUGGCCACGAGCAGCGGCCGUGCGCAAGGGAAAGGAAGUAGUCAGUUCGACUGAGGAAACUUGGGUAGACGGUCCCAACGCAGUGGUUGCAACAGAGCAACGAAAUAACACUUCUGAAAGCGUUCCUCCACCUGCACCGCCGUACUUUGGUUUUACUCACCACAUUGUCCCUCAGAACUCUGUGCAAAAUUCGGAAACCGUUCGUAUCUUCGUCGCCCCAACAGAUAUCACAGAUGAGGUACAGAUCAAAGAACCUACCUACGCCACCAUCGAUGAGACAAAAGGCCGCGGAAAUAGUGGAGGCAAAAGCAGCUCCAGUGAAAGCUGUUCUUCUUCAGACGAUGAUGACGGUCGCGAAGAGGUUAAGAGAAUCAGUGUAUCCUCACACAGUGAUACUGGUAGAGGAGGAGUGAGUAGUGGUAGUAGUGGUGGUGGCGGUGGCAGUGGAGGUGGUGGUCGAGGUUUUGGAGUGCUCUCGGACAUCAGCGAACGUACAGAGGAAACUGAAGGAGGAACGUCUGCACCAAGUAGUAUCGUUGGUGGAGCCCAAGAGGACCAUGAAAACACCCUGCUUGAUUUGGCCAUUCAACAGAGCGGCCUCGUGAGUGAGGAAGGCACAAAAACGUGUGACGAAGGCAAUUUUGGUUGGCAUCUCACCGAUGCCAUAUUGGAGGCCCCCAAAUUGUCAUUUAUGCGUCCCUCCUAUGCAGUCCCCCAGCAUGCUCCGGCGAGUACUGGACAUGGGGUGGCGUCUCCUAUACCUACAGACGAUCAACCAACUCCCAUGCAUCAAUCAGGGAGUCCAACGAUGCCUACAGCGCAACGCAUAGAGAAGGCCACUUCCACGGAUCAUCCUACAUCUGAGCAGAUGACCAGUAAGACCUCCACAUGUUGCUCGGAAAGGCUCAAUGCGUCUAAUCGUUCCCCCCGCCGAAGGAAACGCUCAAACACCUCUUCAUUCGACCGUGUUGCUGCCUGGGUGAAGGAUGUAAGCACCGAUCUAGGCCACGUACGAGAUGAGGAGCGCCUACUACCUCCUGAAAGCCGAUCUUCCUCUUGUCACCGAUCCUUUUGCUCCAGACGACAUCAGGUCCAUCGCAAAAGACGACACCGCCGAAGCAAUCAUCAUGAAAUCAGUUGUUCCAAGUGCUCCAAGUCUCGAGGUGUCUGUGCUCUCUGUGAAGUCGCGGACAAGUGCUGUUCCAGAACGUGCAAAAAGUGCGGCUACUGUGAAGCAGAACGCCUAUCGGAUGGCAUGCAAAUAAGUGAACUGCCAAGCCAUGAACCUCCCCGCAGUGACACUUCGAAGAACGAGAUCAAGACUGCCGAAGUAUCCACUAAAAGCCAAAACCGAAUCCCGAAGGCAGCAUCCCUAUCUCCUGUGCCCCUUGCUCCCCAGCGGACGGUCUCCUUUCCCUGGAUGCCGGCACAAUUUUCACAGCUCUCAACUGCUCAUUCCUCACCCUGCCAACUUCCGGCACCCCCAAGGCCCUUUUGGUCUUCAUUGUACGCUCCCCCGCAUCCCACGCCAAUGCAAUACUACCCCUGGUCCCUUCCCACCUCUCCUUUUCUCCAUUCGUCCAUGCAGGCCUGGUCCUCUCAACUCCCUCUUCCAUCAUCGGCAGCCUCUGACCUGUCACGGACAAUCCCUCUUUCUCCACAGCCUCACGCAUUAAGGCGAAGCGAUUCAGCAGACACUGGCACUCCCGUCCACACCUCUUCUUCCUCUGCCUCGGCAAUUCCGCAAGAAGCGAAGAAAUCCAAGUUCUUCACUUUGCCCUCCAUAAUUUGUACACUGCGUAGGUGGCACGCACGCAGGAAAGAAAGAAGGAGCAAGAAAGCCUCCGACUCAGCAGUGCAGAAAGAGGAGGCGGUGAAGACUCCUCUACGAAUUAAUGCCUCUUUACCCGGUACAUACGCACAAAGUGGUUUUCCGCGGGCGCCAAGUAGUGAUCAGGGGAUCGGGGCGCCAAAAUACUCCCAGUACCAACGAAUGGCUCCACCUCCUCACCAUCCACUACUUCAACCGGCACCUUCAAUAUGCUCUACUAAUGCUUCUUCGUUUAUGAACAGAAUGCAUCAAAGCCUCUCCACGUAUCGAACCAGUAGCCGGUCCGGCCCAAACGGCCAAAAGGAUAGUCGUGGGGAUCGGGGGAGCAGCGGCUACGAGAGCGCUCGUCAGGGUGCGCCAGGCGGUGGGGGCAGCGAGGUCUCCUCCUCGGCGCACACCGACUCCAUCGACUCCUGCUCCUCGGGAUGUCAGCAGCACCAGCUGAAGCCCCACCCGACCUACCCCUCGGCCGGCCAGCGUUUCUUCCCCUCCUGUCACCCGACCGCGCCACUUAUUGGAGGUGUCUUGCAAGCCCCCUCUCAAUUUGUCCAACGUUAG